CAGGGCUACGACCGAUCCAAGUGCCCGUGAAUGAGUGUGACCCGCCAGCCAAUGACUGAGCACCGGAUACGAGACAUCCGCUGGAACAACAGGCGCUCUGUCCUGUCGUGUCCCCACCACCACCGCCGCCGUCCUCCUCCCCCACCAUAUUGACGACAGUUACAGCCGCGAUCCAUUACCGCAUCCCCGGACACCGCGAGGGGGAAAGCGAUUCACAAGGACAAAACGCCUUCUCAAAGCUUCUUGGAUUUACCAAACUUUUUGGGGCGGCUUUUGGACGUGCACAUACUUUUUUUUCCGUUUCCGCAAAUCGAAGUGGAGUAAGCUUUCUCUUUUUGUCUCUCUCUUACGACAUAUAAAAGUUGUCUACCCGGUUGCUGUUUAGUGCGCAUGCGCAAAACAUGGGAUAAACAGCGCGGUUGUGGUUGGUUUUACGGACGAACUUUCUUGAAAACCGAAACGGAUAUUUAAGUGUUGAAAGCCCGAAUUUCAGAUGUUUCCCAUGCAACCCCGAGUGGCUCUUCAGUCGCACGAUGGAUCCCAGAAAUCCGAGCUUCAGCGACGGGGGAGGAGGACAGCGCAGGCGUUCAUCGCAGGACGAUGGGUGGCUGCAGGCGAGGCCUUUGCAAGCCCACGAUGGCGCGCUGGCAUUAGAUGAAAUGAGGGGAACUGGGAACCGCAAUGAGUACACAGAAGGACCCACGACGACUCCGGUCUCACAGAAGAGUGACCCAGUUACGUCACGAUUUUCCAGCAUUCAUCAGGAAGAGAGUAGGCCCACGGAUGUUCGUAACCUGCAUGCAGACACAAACGUCAUGCCGUCCGCCAGCACGAAGGACUGUCAGAGUAGCGCUGGGACCAGCGGAGGGUACGCCGGUCAGAGGGUCCUCGGCAUCACGGAAAGUGGUGACCAGAUCAUCAGUGACCAGCCCGUACCAGCAGCGCAAGUUUCAAAUGAGAAAAUUGCUAACGAAGAGCCAAAGUUGUUAGCGGCUGUGCCCAGCAGCGGCGAGUGUAAAAGCGCCGACACGCACUCCAAGUGCGAGGGCUGCGGUCGGUGCCGCUGCCCCGAAUGCGGGCACCCUCGGCCGCUGCCCUCCUUCUGGGUGUGCGGCGGACGCUGUGUAUGUUCCGUACAAAAAGCGGUGGAGUUUUGUACGUGCGUGUGCUGUGUCAAGGGACUGUUCUACCACUGCUCCACCGACGAUGAGGACACGUGUACAGACAAGCCCUUCUCUUGCACAGAGGAACGCUGCUGCAUCCGCUGGACCGCCGUGUCCCUUCUGGCCAUUAUCUUCCCAUGUCUCCUGUGCUACCUUCCAGCUCGAGGAUGCAUCGCGGCAUGCCAGAGCUGCUAUGACCGAGCUACGCGGCCCGGUUGUCGGUGCAGGAAUGCAAUCCACUUCGAGGCUGUGAGCAAGCCAACGUAGAACUUGUGUGUGUGUGUGUGUGUGUGUGUGUGUGUGUGUGUGUGUGUGUGUGAGAGAGAGUGACGACGUUUACAUGCAAAAAUCAGCCGGGUUACUUUUGGGCUCUACUUGCAGUGGGUUCAAUAAACUUUUGGUCUAACCACACUUCUCAUAAUACGUUUGGGAGAUUUGGCUUUAGGCUGAAAUGUCAGGAUGGCAAAAAAAUGCCCGAUAACAUUUACAGGUAAAUUUAAUUUGACCAUUUCUGAACUUUUGCACAAUGUCCAACUAUUGGUGUUUCCGUACCUUUUGCAUAGCUGGAUGUUCUCUAGCAAGGAGCUGAAAAUUCACACCUGUUUGAUACGUAUAGGACUGCCUUUCUGUGAGUCCUACAGUCUCUCUGUUGCAAGCCGAUGAUGACGCACUGUGACACUCGUAAGUUCAGUUGCCACUUCCCUAUGAUAGCAUCCUGUUUGAAGCGUCUCCAAGGCGAGGCACUUGUUGAUCAAUUGUUCGGCGCGGCCUCUGUCUCAUGCUGUCUUCAUGUUGAAGAAGACUGUUUCAAAACACAAUUUGAAAUGAAGCUGUGAACGGGGGAUUUGAUUUUUUGAAAUCAAAUCAAUCAAUCAAAAACACAAUUUGAAAUGAAGCUGUGAACGUAUUCAUGGAUCAAACACCUGUUGUGAAUGUUGCCGUUCAACUGCAAAAUGCCCAAAUGUACUGCAACGAUGAACAUGGACAUGUGCAUUCAAAAGUUGAAAGAAGGUCAUAUUAAGUUCACCUGUAAAAGUUUCUGUGCAUUUUCGAAUCAUCCUGGAAUCUCUCGCUCGAAACCAAGUCUUCAUAUGAACAGAAGGGAAACGUGUUUUACCCUGCAGAGUGAAAUUCUUGUUUCGCUCGUAACAUGGAUGGCAAUGUGUAAAAUACGAAGAAAUAAUACAGAGUAAAAAACAAACAAACAAACAAACUACGGUAAAUACAAAUAGAGACCGAAUAUAAAAGAAAGGAGUUCCAUGUGGCAGUGUGUAUCCAGAACAAGGGGGAAUCUGAUACACUUUGGAAAAUACCGAAAAAUGGAUGCAGUUGUACAAAUAGUGCAACACCAGGCUGUGCAAGGUCACAGAGUACGUGGUGGCAUGUGAGGAGUACAAAAGAACAAUACUUAAUGUAAAUAAAGUCUAAAAUACAUGACGUUGGAUUAAAUCUGUACAAUACUGUAGUUGUUGUGAGUGGUCUUCACAAUCAGGUUUGCUAUUUUUCCUUAGGGCAAUGAGAGGCACAAUUGAAGAUGUUGGUUUAUUCGUGCAAAAUUUUGGUUGUGGAUCAUAGACGAAUUCCGUUUUCGAUUCAACUGUGGGAUACAAAAAUGCAAUUUGGGUGUUAAAAUACACCCGCUUGAUUUGGUGGAUGCGCCCGAUACUCUUUCCAUCGUGCCACACUGUUGUAGAUGCUCUGCUCUGAAAAUUUGUGUUUCGCCUCUCUUAACAUGCUUCAGAAAAUGGAGUUUCAUAGUCAGGAUGUAGCGGAAAUGUAUUUCCUUGUCCGUCCAAACACAGCCGCCCGCACGGCUUGCGCCGCUCCUCGGAAGCAGGCAUUGAUAUUAAACACGGGAAGAGGAAUUUGGUUUCCAAUCAAAUAAAAAUAAAUAAAUAAAGGUUUGUUCAUCCACGUUUUGAAAAGGUUGACUACAGUCAGAUUAAUGUGUAGACACAUUUUUGCAUGUAAACGUACCGAGUGAGUUAGGGGGUGUGAGACCCACUGAAGUCCCGUUUCAGUCCUGUAGCUCAAGUGGGAAUGCGAAAGUCUCCACGCCAUGAGCUACUGCUGGCACCGUUCGGUGCAUGACGACAGCAUUAUGAGUCGUACUUGAAAGAAAAACCAAAACAAGCGCCGCACGCUUGCGAAGGCAUGCGUGCUAUGUUUGUGCCUUGCAGAACUUGUUUGACCUCUCACAAGGAGGUUGCAUGUUUUAAACGACGUUUUCGUGUUUCUUAGCAGCGUUACACAUGGACGAUGAAAGUGGUUGGUGGGGUGCGGCGCAGCAGAACCAAUUACUUGACAGGAUCGAGCAUUUCUUUUUGCCUUGAGUUCCCAUUGCCUCGUCUGUUGCAUGAAGCCUGAUGACACAUACACAGCAGGUGGGCAUCCAUGAAGGUGUAAGGUUUGGUGUUGAUCAAAAAUGGGAUUUUUUUCUGGGGUGGGAGGGUGGAGGUCUGCACUCAACUCAACGGUACUGUAGUCGAAGACUUUCUUGACCGAAUUCUCAGAACAGAAAUCUAACAACUAACUUUGUGUACAUUAGUCAGAUGCUUUUAUUUUUGUACAUAGAAUACUCCCAACUGUGACAACUGCUUUUGGCCUUCGCUGGAAUGUAGAUUUCGUCACUUCUCAUUUCAGAUCAUUUUCUUCAGAGCAAUUCAGUUUGUACAAUUGCACAGUCACCUAUAAAAAAAAAACAUAUUUUCUGAUUUCAACACUUCUUAGUCUGAAUUCAAAAAGUAAAUAUUUAUUAGAAGGUUUUAUUAUUUUGUAAUGCCAAGUAUUUAUUUGUGUCAGUGGUGGAGACUAGGUAAGUGUCAGCCGAAAGGCAAGUGUAUUAACGUUGGAAAUAAAAUAACCUCCAUGUC